UUUUCAUACAGCACUACGGAGCUUAAAAAACAACUAGUUUUCCAACUUAGUGUUGGCCUUGGGCUUUGUAGAGCUUCCUUUGUGUUUAGAGGAGGACAUAGACAUGGCAGUACUGAGGUUGGCAGUGUUACUCCAAGGGCUGCUCCUUGCGGCACGGUGUGAGGUCAGAGCAAGAGACCCGGAGGUGGAAGAGGAAGACUUGAAGGACAUGUCAGAUGGUGCCGGAUGGACACGAGAAGUUCCAUUGGUAGGGUUUGGGGCACCUCAUAAUGUUGAUGGACUAAACAAGAGCCCUGAUGUCUAUGGAGCUAUCCACCAUCCUCUGGAUCAUAAACAUCAUGAUCCCAACCAUGGACAUCCCUCUCCGGAUGUGCCCAUGACUCCAACAGCUGAAACCGUGAGCCAUGGAUCUCUUCCACGCACAGGGAAUUGGUGUGCGUUCGUGCACAAGCGCGCUGUUAGCGUGGCAGUAGCCUGUGGAACAGAGAAGUACAUUAUCAAGUCCCAAAGUCCCUGUCCUAACGGCACUCCAGACUGCCAGAUAGUCCUGUACAAGAUCUCCACUCGCCCAGUGUACAGACAAAAAGAGAAAAUCUACACUGCACUACAAUGGCGAUGCUGUCCUGGACAUGCGGGGGAACAUUGUGAGGACACAGUCGCAGACGGUCGUGUCUCUGACUCUGAAGACCCCAUCAAGGCAAGCCAUCCACAUCACGGAGGGCAUGAAAACAGCCAAGGACAUACGCUGACUGAGCAGUCAGAGAAUCAGAACAGAGAACAAAAUGACUUUCAAAUGUUAGGCAGUCCACUGUAUGAAGCUCAACAUCCUGAUGCGGAGAAUCAAACAACAGCGGAAUCCAGCGACAACAAUGAACACAGCCGCCAUACAGGCCAUGAACACCAUCAGGACUUAGAGGGGAGAGAUCCCUACGCUAUAAAUGAAGGAAUUUCCAAUCCUGAAACAUCUUACCUUCACCAUGGACUUCUGCCAAUCUUGAAGGAGGCCGUGUUGUCUCAGCUGCAACCCGUCUUGGAGAAUUUCAAUCUAACCCUGGAGCGCCUCUUUCAGGAGGUGCAGGGCUUGCAACACGACAUGGCCCAACUCCGCCAUCAACAAGGGCAGAGGAGGGUCAGUGAACCUCCGCAGUUUGAUGGCGAGGAGCACGAUCAGCGGGAGAUGGUUGAGGCAGAGCUGAAAAAGAGCUUACAAAAGCUGGAGGAGGUAAAAGCUCAGUUUCACAACCACCGCAGUGAGAUAGAAGAGAAGCUCCAUACGCAACACAGCAUGCUGGUCUACAACCUGACCAAUUUCAAGACAGAAAUGGACCUCAAAAUCAAGCGGAACCAAAAGAUGUUACAGGUCAAUCUUCACUCUCUGAACUCAUCAAUGGCUGACGUAAAGCAGGAGCAAGAGAGGCUAGAUGAGGAACUUCAGAGGGUCUGGCCUGAAAAGACACCUGAUCCUAAGCCUCAUGAGAGCACAGCAGUCUGGGAAGCCAUCACUCGACUGGAUAACAAAGUCAUGAACAACACAGUGGAAAUCAGUGUCUUGACUGAAGGCCAAGAACAAGUAAUCCAGAACAUCGAGGACCUCCAGAGUGCAUGGAGGGAUCUGGAAGAGAGGAUAGCACAGAGUGGCAGAGAAUACCAGAUUAAGUACAUGGAGACUGGUUUGGAGGUGGAUGCGGCCAAAGUAACCGUGCUUGAGCAAAUAAAAGUGUUGAGCAGCAAUAUCAGUGCGGUUCAAGGAGCUCUGCUGGACAUGGAGAUAGAUGUUGAUUAUCUCUUCACACAGUAUUAUAAGAACAUAAGUUCAUCAGCUGGUGACUGCAACUGCUUGGAUCUUAGGACAUCUGUGACACAACUGGAGAAAAGUUUUGCUUAUGUGAUGGAGAUAGCGAAUGAAAACCGGUUGGUCCGGCUUAGCGAGGCAAAAAUAAGGGAUAAUAAUGGUGCUUGGGUUCCGUCUGUUGAUGAUUUGAAACAAGGGCUUCUUAAUGUGCAAAAGUCACUAGCGUUCGAGCAAGAAAAGAGCAGGAUGUUACAGCACAACAUGACCCAGCUCCAGACCUCCCUUCUGGGCAGCCAGGAGGACAUCGAAGCACUCCAAGAACAGGACAGGGCCAAGGUUGAGAAGAUUCAUCAGCUGGCAAGCACCUUCAACACCCUGCUGCAGGACGCUAUUCGGCACUCUGAGAUACUGGAAGUGUUGCUUGGAGAAGAGGUACUGGAGUUUAUGGAACAGUCUCAUCAGGACCAGAGGCAGUACUCUAUACCGGCACUAAGGGAAAGCAUUAAAGAUAUGCAAGCGCAGAUUAAUGGACACAGCCUUAGUUUAGCCUCGAUGUUGAACCCGGCCGCCCCUGCGGCGGAUGAGCCCUCGAUGCUGGAAGACUGGCCGAAAAGGAGACUUGGGGAUCAAAAAUUUGAUCCGUUUGGGGAACAGCCAGAAUACUCUGACAUUGACUUUUGGACUUUAGAGAAAACCGUAAAAGAGCUCGGUGCUCACAUCCGACAACUUGAGGACCGUCAUUGUCUUUCCUGUUGCAACUGCACUAAAUCUGCUACAGCUGCUGAUGUGGAGGUCAGACUGGAGGAGGAGGUGGCUACCUUACGAAAGAACCUUGAGGUUCAUCUUGAAGUUUUUAACAGCAUUUUCAGUAAUACAGAAAGACUUGUUGGCUCAGAGGCUUCUGUGGAUUUGGAUCGAUUGUCAGCUUUGUUGAAAAGAAAGGAAGUAAAGCAACAAAAUAAGAAGCAAACAAAGAGACCAAAAAGAGGCCUUCAAGGUAAUAUCCGAAGCAGGAGGGAUGCGUCGCUGGAAUCAGCCGUGCUCCGUCAACUUCCGGACACUCCGUUCAUGUUCCUGGCCAGCACUACAGAUGGUGCUAAUGGAUCUGGCACAGUUGUUUUCGAGCGUGUGGCCCUAAAUCAUGGACAAACAUACUCACCGAAAACAGGCACAUUUCACACUCCUGCCUCAGGUGUCUACCUCUUUGUGGUGACACUGGACUUUGGACCAGGCCCUUCUCUGGCUCAGUUAAGGCGAGGUGGGGAUGUAGUUGCCUCCUUGCGGCAACCCCAGAUAAAGUUGGGUGCACCUGCUACACGCGUCUGUAUCCUGCAGUUAGAACAAGGAGAGGAGCUUCAUCUAGAACUGCUGCAGGGAAAUGUAGAGAGCGGCAACCAGAAAGAUAACACUUUUGCUGGUCUACUAAUGCUCCAGACCACCUGAAGG